UGCAUUAAAUGUGGAAAAAGUACGGCUACCCUCGAAUUUGUUUUAAAAUAAAACUCGUAAUCAGUUAAUUGGGGUUAGCAUGUUUGAAAAGUCUAUUUUACAUAAACGAUUAUAAACAGAAGGUGGAGACACUUUGGGGCAGUUUAUCAUGGCAUUGUCAGAAAGUGGGAUUUUCAGUGGUGAUAUUAACUGUACAGAUCCUGGAAAAGAAGAGGAGUCGAAAGACCAAGCGAAAACUGCCAGGAUUUUAACUCUGGAAGAGCAGGAAAGACUGAACGGUGAGCGGGCUCUGGUGUCUGACUUCAAACAGAUGAAGCUGGAGAAAGAAGCGCAGAAAAACUGGGACUUGUUUUACAAAAGAAACACAACGAAUUUCUUCAAGGAUAGACACUGGACCACCAGGGAAUUUGAAGAGCUCAAGGCAUGCCGAGAGUUUGAGUCGCAGAAGUUGGUGCUGCUGGAGGCAGGCUGUGGUGUUGGAAACUGCAUCUUCCCUCUGCUCGAGGAUGACCUCAACAUCUUUGUUUAUGCCUGUGACUUCUCACCACGAGCUGUUGAAUUUGUCAGACAAAACCCUCUGUACUGCCCUGACCGCUGUUGUGCCUUCCAGUGUGAUUUAACUAAAGAUGACCUGAUGGAAAAUGUGCCAGAAAGCAGUGUGGAUGUCAUCACACUCAUCUUCGUCCUGUCAGCUGUCCAUCCUGACAAAAUGAAGCUGGUUUUGGAGAACAUUAGUAGGGUGCUGAAGCCUGGAGGAUUUGUCCUCUUCAGGGACUACGGACUUUAUGACCAUGCCAUGCUCCGAUUUAAACCUGGAAAUAAACUGGGAGAGAACUUCUAUGUACGCCAAGAUGGAACUAGGUCCUACUUUUUCUCUAAAGAGAUCCUGGCUGAGCUGUUUGAGAAGACGGGCUUCAAGUGCGUUGCUAACGACUAUGUUCUUAGAGAGACUGUCAACAAGAAGGAGGGACUUUGUGUACCCAGAGUGUUCCUGCAGAGCAAAUUUAUGAAAACAGAGAGCUGAACUUUGCGUUUGUCGUCUCACAGAUCUACAGAGGUUUGGCAAAACAUAGUACUGCAAUGUCAGAUAAAAACUGGACAGUAAAAGGUGAGGGAAAUAUUUGCCAAAACUUUACCAGAAUGGAAAUUGGGCCAUCACAGGUAACAUAGCAGUAUGUACACCUGCUAUCUGCUGACCAAACCACCUGAGGAAGGCUCCGAGAAAAGCUCUGCUGGCAACAUCUAAAGGGAUUGGAUUGGAUUUUUUUCAGGUAAAAGAAAAGGCAUUAAACAUGGUUGUUAAAGUGUGAACAGUUUGAAGUCACAUAUUUUUGUAAAAACUUUCACAGUUUGUGAUACAGUUCUGAGAAACACUUUAAAUAUAAACCAGUAUUUUGAUUGUUAGUUAUGACUUUCUUGCCCUUCUUUCCCCUAAUAUUGAGUUCAAGUCAUCAUUUAAAAAUGUAUUUUUUUAAUAAAUGUAUUUGAAUAUUUUUACUGUGAGAGGACAUGGUAAUCUGUGUUUUAUAAUUUCCCACUUUUUUAUGUGAAAUUUUAAACAAUUUUUGAGGAUGAAAAAGCAAAGUCUCUCAUUCUGUUUAUGGUUCACAUUUUAUGGGCCAUGAAUCCCUGUGGUGGAUGCAUGGAUAUCCUGACUUUUAAGAAUAAACAUACUAAAUCUUGAGCCUUUAAAAAAAAAAAAAAAAACUAAAUUUCCUUCAGACGACUAAAUGAAAAUGUCUUCCUUGUGUUCAUUCAUGUUCAUUGUAUAGAAACAGAGAAGAAACCUUUAAGGCUACUAGGAAGCCAAACUCUAAGACAUCCACAUUGUCCAAAGCAUAAAUACAACAUAGAUAAUUAAAUAAUCUAGGUCGCCAGUCUGUCACAGGGCCAACACACAGGGACAGACAACCAUUCACACUCACAUUCACACCUAGUGGCAAUUUGGAUUAUCCAAUUAACCUAUCCCCACAAGGUGCAUGUCUUUGGACGGUGGGAGGAAGCCGGAGUACCCGGAGGGAACCCACGCAAACACGGGGAGAACAUGCAAACUCCACACAGAAAGACCCCGGCCUGAUGUUGGAAUUGAACUCAGGACCUUCUUGCUGUGCGGCAACAGUGCUAACCACCGUGCCACCGUGCUGCCCCUACUAAAAAUGUAUAAAUUAAAAAUCUAUUUAAUGGAGAAAACACAAUAACAAAAAAAUUUAUGACAGGAAAAUUAUUUUAUUUUUUCUUCCUCGUACCCAUUUGGAGAACUCCAUAUUAAACAAUUUAGUUGAUAAAAAAAUUAACACUGAUCGCACUGGAAAAGUUCUUUUGAAGCAUAAACACCUGUAAGCAGUAUGAGCACAAAGCUAUCAAGGUUCUCAACUGUGACACACAAAGUCCUAAAAGAGAACUGCCCUUACUACAUUACCAUAAGCUGCUCCCCAAGAUCAACAUGUUUGCUGUUGUUUCGAUUUAACAACAAAUAUAAGAGCUUUUAUAUGUGAAUGCAGUUCCAUUCAUGUAUGUUUGCCUUCAUCGUACAGUACAUUCUGCUAAAAAAGACCACUGUGGUGAAUCUGUUUAGGGCCUGUCAAGCAACUUGCAACAUGCGCUAAAUGUGGCUUCCUGUUCAGCAACUGUGUCGCCCACUGACUUUCCUAGUUUAGAACACAUUAAAGGUUUGUUGUGCCUCUCAACACAGAAAUGUAAUUUGGUGUUUGAC